AUGCCUCCAUCCCAAUCGCAUCCCCAUCGCGCUCUCACCCACCCUUCGCCGCUCAUCGCAUCGCCCACUCGCAUCGAUCAUCCAACACCCACCAUGCCGCCACGCCAUCACACCGACCACCACGACGCUUCCGCUCGUCACUCACAACCAACUCCAUCUCCCAUCCCACAGUACCAACUGCAAUCUCGUCCAGCUACCUUUCAUUCAGUUCGAGCUCCUCUGCCUCUGCCUCUGCACCUCCAUCCUUUCCACUCGUCUUGGGCGCCAUCCUCCCUCCCAUUCCAACCUAGGCCUCCGCCAGCAACGAGCAUUCGUGUCGGCUGCCGCGUCCCCUCCUCCCUCUCCAAUCAGUACAUCUUGCCUCCUCCGCAAUCGCACGACCGGCUCGAUCACACCAGCCACAUCUACCUCCCACGCCCCAUCUCGGCUCACCCGAGUCAAUCCACCAUGUCCGCAGCAACUGCCUCCACGGUAGACCUGCUGCCUCGCAUGGGGCCCUCCUCCGGCAUGCACAGCCCCUUUUCUAUACCACAUCCGCUCUUCAACAAUGACGCAGGCCCUUCCUCCUUUCCCUCGUCCAGACCACCCGCGCCCUCAUCCAUCGACACCGGCGCUCGCAAGAAUGCCGCCCUGCUCGAUGCUCUCGCCGGUCCUUCGGGCGCAUUGAAACUCUCCUCGCCCGCGUCCGCAGCAGCUCCGCCUUCCAGCCUCGAACUCAGCCAGAACGCAGGCUCCAGCUUAUCCGCAGGCGGUGCCUUUGGCGCAUCAGGCGCCUACUCCUCCUCCAACGGCGGCGCAUCCGGCGGCUUGGGCAGCACCAACAUGCGCCCGGGCGGCGGCGGCGGCGCUGGCGGCAGAGACGACCUCCACCGCAACGGCGCUCCCGGCGACGGAAGCGGCUCCGGCGGUAACGGCGGCGACGACUCCCACGACGACAAGGACGACAAGGAAAAGGCAAAGAAGUCAAACCCGCUCGUCGAUCUCCUCGACACAGAGGCCGCCUACGUCUCCGAACUCUCCAAGAUCAUCAAAAAGGUCGCCGCCGCCUGGUCCCGCUCCAACUUCCCACCGCCCGAGCUCGAUGCCAUGUUCCGCAAUACAGAGGCCAUCUACCGCGCAAAUCGCAGCUUCCUCAAGGCGCUCAAGGAGAUCGGUCCCAACCCCUCGUCGCCAAAGGCGCUCGGCGACCUGCUCAUGAAGUGGAUCGACGAUCUCGAGACCCCCUACUCGCGCUUCUGCGAGAGCUACCUCUGCGACUUUGACGCAUGGUCCGCCGUCCAGUCCAACCCGCGCCUCGCCAACCUCCUCCUCGACGUCUCGGGCCCGACCGAUGCAGACGGCAACCCCGUCACUUUUAGCGAUCGCAAGCGCGACCCCAACGAGCCCUGGACCCUCGACGGCCUCUUUGCCCUCCCGCACAUCCGCCUCAAGUACUACAAGAAGCUCUACUCGCGCCUCCUCAAAAGCACGCAACCCGGAAGGAGCGACCAUCGCCUGCUCGUCGGCGCAAACGAGAAGCUCGACGAGCUCGUAGACAAGUCCAAACGCAGACUCGCCGUCUCGGUCCUCGACGAGGUCGCCGGCCGCGAGUCGCGCGACAGCUCCUUUGCAGACAGCAACGUCAACAGCGAAUCGUCGCAACGCGAACGCGUCUCUUCCGCCACCUCGCACUCCGACUCGCAAUCGCCCAACUCGCGCCCAGUCCAGACGCUCGGCAACAAAACUUCCCCGACGCGAGCUCCCGCGGCCGGCACCGCCAAUGCUGCCUCCACCGCAUCUGCCGCUGCAUCAUCAUCGCUGCUACCCGCCGCCGGACGCGCUCCGACGCCUGGUGGCAUGCCCCUCUUUGGAGCGCCCACGAGCCAGCUCAACGGCCUCAGCUUGGACCACCCCAGCAUCUCGGCUCCCAGGCCCGAGCUCGUCCGCGGCAACUCGGAGGUCGCCAGCGUACACGACAGCGGCUCGCAGACCGCAGGCGACGACUCGGCAUCCACGCGCACCAACUCGCUCUCCCAGCCCAUCGAGAACCUCGAGAAGCGUCUCGACACUUCCAAGACGCUCGACAUUUUCACCAUGAAACCCAAAAAGUGCCAGCUCCAGAUGCACCCGCCCAAUCUGCCGUUUGCCCGCGCGCUGCGCAAGUCGGCCGACGUCGUCAUCCACUUUACCCCGAGCAGCGGCGGACCCGAGAUCAGCAUCCGACGCGCACACAUGUUCCUGCUCACCGACCUCUUCCUCGUGUGCGAGCGCAUGACGCCCAGCGAAAAGGCCGAGCUCUCCAAGGGCGGUGUGGGCCCGGACAUGUGGCUGCUGUAUCCGCCGCUGGCAGGUAAGCACUUGCGCGUCGCCGAUCUCGGCGGCCAGGGCAACACGCUCUCCAUCACCAUCCUCAAAAAGGAGACGCUCACCGUCCACACCGACUCGCGCGAGGCAAAGGACGAGUGGCUCGAGCACUUUGCCGACUGCCAAAAGUUCGCCGCCAACCUCGGCCUCAAGGUCAAGACGGGCAGCAGCACGCUCUCGGCGCCCUCGGCUGCAAGCAGCGUGUCGGCCGCUUCGCUCGGCUCUGCGCAGCCGAGUCUCACCACGCCGGCGCUCUCGCCUGCCAUCUCGGUCACACCCUCUUCGACGCACGGCCACGAUGACGUUGCGGAAUCCAUGCCGUCGACAUUUGGCAAUGAUGGCCCCAACAGCUCGCCCGUCAUCGGCUCGGAUCUCUCGAGGCAGGCUUCGUUCAACUCGGUGGCAUCGUUCCCCAAGGCGGCCGCGCUCGGCUCGCCCGAUCUGGGCAACUUUGCGCCCGGCAGCAGCUCUGCCUUUUCGCCACGAUCGCCGUCGCCCUCCAACUUUGGGCCGGGUGGCGCACCGUCCAACGGUCCGCACGGUUUCGGUGGAGCGCGGCCGCCCAUGCAGAUGCGUCCGGGCAUGAUGUCGCCGUCCAACGGCGCGCUUUCGCCCGACACGAGCCCUGCCACCGGCCCCGUGCGCUACGGUCCCGGCGGGUUCGGGCCCAACGGCCCGAUGGCCAUGGGUCGACCUCCGCUCAUGCAGGAUCCCAACAUGCCUCCGCGUUCGCCUGGCGGCAUGCGUGGUCCGCCCGGUGGACCGCCGGGUCCUGGAGGUGCCAUGUUCCCACGCGGAGGCCCAAGUCCUGUGCCUGGUCAGAUGCCGGGAGGUCCGGGCUCGAGUCCCGGAUUCGGACCUAUGCAUGUGCGUCCUGGCAUGGCACCGCAUGGAGCGCCGGGCAUGGGACCGGGUGGACAGGGUGGACCGGGGCCGGCGUUCAUGAACGGCGCACCGCGACCGCCGAUGCCGCGACCGCCUCCGGGUGCGCAGCCGUGGGCGAGUGGCCCGCCUCCGCCGCCGCCGAAUGGCAUGGGUGGCCGCGAGCCGUACAGGAGGCCGUCGGCGCCGAAUCUGCGCCAGGCGUCGCACGGCUCGUCGGGUGGCGGCAGGACGUCGGACGAGGGCGAAGGUGGGCGGUCGUUUAUCCGCACGCGCUCGGUGUCGAGCACGGGCUCGACGGCGCCCAAGCUGCCGUCGGCCAUGAUGAAGGAGGGCCGCGACCGGGGCGAGCGCGGUACGGAUGUGUCGCCGCCAAGCAGCCCCGUGGCCAAGAAGCAGGGCCCGUUCCGAAGCACCGUAUCGGCGCAGAUGCGAUGCAAGCUCUUCCUCAAGCAGGGGCAUGCGCAGUGGAAAUCGCUGGGAAAUGCGCGGCUGAAGCUGUUCCACAUCCUGCCGGACGACAUCAAGCAGCUGGUGGUGGAGAACGAGCGCAAGACGCUCAUCUCGACCAUUGUGCUCACCGACGGCGUCGAGAGGGUGGGCAAGGUGGGCGUCGCCGUGGAGCUGAGCGACCGAGGCAACCGGACGGGCAUCAUCUAUAUGCUCCAGAUGCGAUCCGAGGAGUCGGCGAGCGGCCUGUUUGGGCAGCUGCUCGAGGGCAGCGACAGGACGGCGGCGGCCACGUCGAUGGCCGGCAGCUUUGCCUGA